UUUAUCGUUGGAUGUAAACAGAAGAUGGCAGACCUCGUGGAAAAAGUUUUGAGAGAGGCAGCAGAGAAGGAAUCAAAGUUUAAAACUAUUGAAGUUGAAAAAGAGAUUGAUGUCAUUAUAGAUGAAGGGAAUCUCCUUGUGUGUGACACAAACCCUAUUGAUUUUAAGUUACAAAAAAAGAAUAGAGAAGAUUAUUUAAAAGAUUUGAGUAGAGACAACACACAGAUACUUAUCAACAGAAUAUGGCAGUUGCCAACUCACAGAGAAGACGAAGUUGUAGUUGCAGAGUUGCCUGAUGUUAAAACACCAAUACCUAGAGAAAAACCAGUGCCAAAAAAAAGAAAAGCGACAAAAUGGGAAGAGUAUGCCAGAAUGAAAGGUAUAAAUAAAAAGAAGAAAGGUAGAAUGGUGUACGAUGAACAGUCAAAAGAAUACAAACCUAGAUGGGGAUAUAAACGUGCAAAUGAUGAUACUAAAGAUUGGUUGAUAGAAGUUCCUCAAAAUGCAGAUCCAUUUGAAGACCAGUUUGAGAAAAGGAAGAAAAAGAAACAAGAAAGGACCUCUAAGAAUGAAUUACAAAGACUGAGAAAUAUUGCCAGGUCACAAAAGACAAAAGUUCCUGGGGUUGGAUUAACACCAACAAUUGCUCCUUCUAAAGAUCAUCUUGGUAAAGCAUUGGCAAUAGCAAAGAAAUCUACAGCAUCAAUAGGAAAGUUUACAGAAUCAUUACCUAAAGAAAAACCUUCAAAAUUUACUGGAAAGAAGAGAAAGUUUGAACCUAACUAUGGAGAUGUGAAGAAAGAAAAUACAAAGCAGUUAGAUAUAUUAAAUAAUGUUUUGAAUAAAACACCAAUAUUAGAUAUAACUCAAGCUGUAAAUACACAUGUAAAAGACGAAGACAGAACACGUUCAAAAAGACAGAAAACAGAUAAAAAAGGAGGCAAAGGAAGUAAAGGAAACAAAAACAAUAGUAAAGCAAAAAGAGGAAAGAGAAAUAAAAGAUAAUAAAUUUUUUUUUUGUCUUACUAGCUGUAACUCAAUAUAUAUAUUCUUGAGAGUA